AAACCACUUUGCCCACCCCUGAGUACUGCAUACUCCUUGAUAAACUAGGUAAAAGAAAGCAUUGCCCGACCGAGGAAGAAGGAAGCAGCUAUGCCGCGUACCAUUUGCUCCGAGAGCCCUGGCUGCCCUCGCCUCCGAGCAUUAACCUUUGAUACUCUCGGUCUCAUUAAAGUGAUUCAAGCUCGUGGCGGCGAAAAACAGGAAGCUCCGGCGGUAGUGGAGCGGUGGGGUGACCCGGAUUCUUCAAGAUGCGUGCUAGCCACUUCCAUUAUUGACCGCGAACAUGACCCUCUUCUUGGCGUUGCAAGAAAAAAUGGCAUGCUUGAGGUGCUUAGCCCUAUCAACGGUGAUGUCCGUCUUACUAUUCCGAGCUCUAGUAUAAGUAGCAGUGUGAGUGAUGAUGAUGCUAUUGUUGCAUUACAUCUUUUCAGAAAACAGAGGAUGGAGUCAUCAACGAGGUCAUGUACUUUACUUACAUGCACAACAAAAGGACAUGCAAGUAUAAGGUCAUUUGAAUUCCCCAAGUCACCAGGAGACUCAACCUCUGACGCCUCUCAGACCACAUGGAAUGCAUGUGGUUCGGGUAACAUUUUGUGCUCCAAAGUUGACAGCAGUGAAAAUUAUGCUUUGUUUGGGGGGAAGGGAGUUGAAAUCAAUGUGUGGGAUCUAGAAAAAAGUGAGAAAGUCUGGGCUGCAAGAUCUCCUCCUAAAAACAGCAUUGGCAUCUUUACGCCAACUUGGUUUACGGCUGCAACAUUCCUAAGCAAAGAUGAUCAUCGCAAAGUUGCAGCUGGAACUAAUAGCCAUCAGGUGCGUCUUUAUGAUAUUUCUGCUCAGAGAAGACCUGUGAUAUCAAUUGAUUUUCGAGAAACAUCUAUAAAAGCUGUCGCUGAAGACCUAGAUGGGUGGACAAUAUAUGCAGGCAAUGGGACAGGUGACCUUGCUUCAUUUGAUUUGCGCACAGGGAAGCUUUUGGGGUGCUUCAUUGGUAAAUGUUCUGGAAGUAUACGGUCCAUUGCUAGACAUCCUGAGCUCCCAGUGAUAGGCUCAUGUGGGCUGGACAGCUAUUUGCGCAUUUGGAAUGUGAAGUCCAGGCAACUCCUAUCUGCGGUUUUCUUAAAGCAGCAUCUUACGGAUUUUGUUUUUGAUUCUCAUUUUAGCAAUGAAGAGCCACAAGUUGUGAAUGAGACGCAAGAAGAAGAACGUGAAGAAGUGUCCAAAAUCACGACAAAAAGGAAGGACGCUAAAGACCCCAGUCAUAAAAAGAAGCCAAAAACCAAGAAAACAGAGCAAGAAGAUGUGAAUGAGACAAUGCAAGAAUGCGAAGAAGUGUCUACAAUCCCAAUCAUAGAGAAAGAUUUGAAGGACCCAAGUCGAAAAAAGAAGCAAAAGGGAAAGAAAAAAGGUGAUCAACAUUCAGAGGAGCCAGAGAAGAUGUCCGAAGACCCUGAAAGCAGCUUAAUUGACAUAGCUGAAGGGGAUGCCAUGCCUUCUAGAAAUGAAAGGGAAUCUAAAGGACAGAGUGGCAAGAAGAAAAAGAAGAAGAAAGUUAAGACAAGCGGAUACUCUCUCUCACAGGGCUUUGUUGGAUUUGUUUGAAUUGUUUCAUAAAAAUUUCUUCCUUCUGUAUCCAAUUUUGCACCUGUCAAAACGAGUUGAGUUUCCACAAUUCAUUUCCGCUCGGUUGACCUGGAAUUUUUUCUUUUGUUGAGUGAUGUUAGUUGAAUGAUUUAUAUAAAGAUAUGAAUAUCAAAGAACAUUACAAAUUUUGCUUGAUGGAUCUGUGUCCCACAGUUCCCAUUUCAUUGCUUAACAAAUGUAAU